AUGGCUGUGCUGGUGCAAGACGUGGUGCUGCAGCUGGCGGCGUGCGCGUCCGGUGCAGGCUGCAGCUUUCUACUCGCUACGUGGAAUCGCGUCGAGAAGCCAACGGUCACGAAGCUCCAUAUUGUCACGUCCAUCGGCCUCGCCGGUCUCCUCACUUCCGCCGCGUUUGCCAUGUCCUUCGUGGUCAAUGGAGCUGGUCAGCACUAUCGCCAGCACGAAGGACUGUGCUAUGUACAGGCACUGAUGCUGCAGUACUUCUACUUGGCGUCGUACCUCUGGACGGCUUGCUUUGCUUUCGAUCUCUACCAGAUCGUUGUCAAGCUGAACGAGUACCCGGAGGCGUUUUUGCGGCAGUACCGUGCUAUUGGAUGGGGCCUGCCUGGACUCGCGGUGGUGUAUCUGGUGCUGCGGCAAUUGACGGGACACAUUGGAGUGGGUGGAGCCGAUCGUCGAUGGUGUUGGAUCGCAGUCCACUCUACGCGUGAAGAAGCAGGAGAAGACCCGUUUCUCUGGCGUCGCGAAGGAGCGCUGCAGCAGCUCGUGCUCUUCUACGUACCUGUGGCGGGUGUGCUUAUCUUCAACGUGGGUAUUUACCACAUGAUUCUCAAGGAUCUGCACAUGGAUCCGCUGGCGCCACGCUUUCGUGCGAAAGUCAAGUUGUACCUGGGAACAAUAGUGCUCUGCUCGAUCUGGGGUCUGAUGAACAGACUGGUGCAAUAUUUCCGCGCAGACCAUACGCCGAACGCGUUUCUGAGCGUGAUGGAAAGCAUAUGCGAUCCUCUGCAGCCGUUACUGAACGCUGUGUGGCACGCGACGAACAAGAACUCGCUGAAAGCGUACAAAGACCACUUUCGCGCUUGCUGGACACACGCGUCGGUGCUGUCGUCCGACGAAGAAGAGUCUUCCCGGAUGGAUGACGCGCCUUUGCUUCCCCAGGUUGUCGAUGCAAUCGCAGAUUCCUCUGUGGAUCCUCUCGACCGCGAGUUUGGACACUACUUUCAACCACGCGUGUCUCGCGGUGACCACGAUCGAAAGCAAAGUGUGAGCUGA